AUGAAUAAAGAGUUUCUUUCAAUAAUAUAUAAUCACCUAAGUUGUUUAAACUUUUCAGUGUUACCAAAGAUGGUUAAACAAAAACAAACUUCGAUCACUAGUAAUAGUAACCCAAGUGAUAUAGUUUGGAAUAAAUUUUUACAAUCUUUUAGUAAUCUAUCAAAUUGUGAAUUCUCAUAUUAUAAAUUUACAUAUCUUUCAAUGAAAACCAAUAAUCUUCAAGAUGUUUAUGUAACAAUUUUAAAUGAACUUAGAAUCAUAUGUAAUUUAAAUAAAUCUAAUACUGGUAAUAGUAGUAAUACAAUAACAAGUCCAACUUUUUUAAAUAGUAAUAAUAAUAGUGGCCCAACAUCACCAACAACAAUCACAACAACAACAACAACAACAACAGUUCAAACAACACCAACUUCGACACCAACAAAAAAUACAUCAUCAUUCACUUUUGCAUCAUUAUUAAAAUCACCAACAUCAUCACAACAACAACAGCAACAACAACAACAGCAACAACCUAAACCACUAACACAACAACAAAUUGAUGAUCAAAACUCUGAAAAUUCAUUCUUUUUAACAUUAGUUCAACAAACAUGCGUUAUACUUCAAGUUAGAGUCGACAUGAUUGGUAUUUAUCAAUCAUUAUUACAAUUGUUAAUAAAUCAAGAUUUAAAUAUUGAAACAAUUGAAAAUGCAUUGGAUUUAAUACCGAUAAUAUAUAAAGAUAAAAUAACUCAUCCAUUACUCAUUCAAAUUAAAACAAAUAUAAAUUAUGAAAUAUCAAUAUUAAAGAAUUUAUUAAAAGCACAUACUUUUGUAUCAAAACAUGAAUUUAAAGAUUCAAUAUUAUUAUUAUAUAAAUCAAAGAUAGAAUUGGAUCAAUGGAGAGAAACUGAAAAUGGAUUACAUUCAACAGGUACUACACAUAAACAUUCAUCAUCUUCUUCUUCUUCAUCAUCAAAUCAUCAUAAUGAUAGAUGGACAUCGAAUCAUAUUCAUCAAUGGUUAUCAAUGUUUCAUAAUUCAAUAUUAUCAAAAUCAACCUUAUAUUUUUAUUUCCCAUUAUUAAAUGUUGAAGAAGAAAUUGGUGGUACUUCUUCUUCAUUUAAAGAAAUUUAUCAAAAAAAUGCUCCAGAUUAUAUUUCAAUAAUUGAAAAUUUUUGUUCAAAAAAUGGAGUAUUAUUUUUUGGAUUAAUUUUUGAAGCUAAGAAUAGAAAUUAUAAUAAGAUUGGAUAUAGUUUUAUAGAACCCGAAAGUGUUGGUGGAUUAGGUGCAUUUCCAUUACUUUUCUAUUAUCCAUUGGAUAAAUCACCAAUGCAACAUUUACCAAAUAUCAUUGGUUUAAUAAUGCAAAACUAUCAAUCAUUAGAAAGACCAAAUGAUAUUUUAUAUUAUUUAGAUUGUAGAAAAGUUAAAGAUACAGGUUAUAGAAAUAAUGAAAAUAGUAGUGGUAGUAGUAGUAGUACAAAUGGUGGUAGUACUAAUAGUGGUUUUGGAAUUAGUAGUAGCGGUGGAGUUAGUGGUAAUAAUAGUAAUAGUAAUAAUAAUAUCAAUAGUGGUUAUAAUAAUAAUAGUGGUGUUGUUAGUGGUGGCGGUAGUAGUAGUAGUAGUUUUAAAGUUGUAACAACCUAUGAUGAAUAUAUAACUUAUUUCAUUUCAAGAGUUGAACAACAAGGUGUAUUAGUUUCAAUUAUUUUCAAAGAUAUAAAAAAACAAAAGGAUCAACACAUUAAUGAAUUCUUAAAACUUUUAAUUAAUUCAUUAAGAAUGAAUGAUGUAAUUUCAAUACUUAGACAAAGAGAUCAAUCAAAAUAA